CAUGACGGAAAAUGCGACGCUUCUGGCGCCUAUCGGAAGAUGGCGGGGGUAGUGCUGAGUGCGAUGGGGUCUGACAGUUGAAACCAGGAUCUCCAACAUAGUGAUGUUGCUAGUAUGGUGGCAGGGAACCUGUUUGUCGAAAAGGAAUCUCACCCAGCAGAGAAUUGUGUACUCAGAAGAGGGAAGCGUGUCGGACGAGACAAGUUCAGUUGCUUGCUUCUGAGUUUUUGUUGUGGUGACAGUGGGCCGAGCGCUGUGUGUGAUCGCCAGUUGUUGCGCCGUGUGAAAUCUGACGGAAACACCGUCGGUGUAAAUGCUGUUUGUUUUAGUGUUUUCAUUCCUUUUCCUGAAGCCUGAAGCACACGGAUGGGAUGCUUGUUGUUAUGUUCAGCUGCUGUUAGAGAAAACCGUUUGGUUUGUGAUAUCUGCAGCUUCAUUUCGGUGUAGAAUUGUAGUGCAUUUCUGCGGGCUGUGCGCCUCGCCGUCACAUCUGCCACCAUCUUGUAGUGAUAUUGUGCAAACUUCUCGCGAAUUUGUUCGGCGUGUUAUACGAACCGCGAUAGGUUUUAGUACGAGAGUCUGCAAACGGUAAAAUGGCUUUCAAAUAUCUUAACACAUAAAGAAGACAAAUUGGAUAUAAAUGAACAUUGUUGUUUCGUUGGUGUUGUUUCAGUGUUUAGUUGUAAUCACCCGGUUUCUUGUGGCUCGUUGUGAACAGGACGGUGUAGUGUUGUCUCGAAUAAUAUUGAGAGAUACAUAUGCAGUUCUAAAAUUACUUUGUUAAAAUGAUACUUAUCAGAGACAUGCGUAUUAUUUUCGUUAUUUCUAAUUCAUAACAAAAAAUAAAACCACGGAACAUUUUAAUUUGAGAAAUUUAAUCUCAUGACUUCACAGUUUCCACUUCUGGCCUACGGACUAACGAGUUAGUGAAGUACUAGUCUUUGAACUUGCGACAAAUACAGCAAAACAUCUUUGUAAUAAAAUUAUAAAUUGUGAAAGCAUCGAUUCAUAUUUUGUUAGAAAUAUGAGGUAAUUUUUCAAUUAUGUAUUUAUUUUUAACAAUUACAGCUGUAGAUUUAUGGGUUGGUGACAUCUUUUGAAGGCUGGGUUUGUUAUUUUCAAUUUCGAUAUAUGCAGAGACGCAAAAUAUAAAUUACUUUUCUAACACAUAACGAAUAAUUUCCAUAUGUGAUGUGAUUUGAAGUUCAAGUACUUUUUAAAGCAAGACGUAUGUUUCAGUUCCAGUUGCGGAAUGAUACAUGUUGUUCAACUGCCGAAACGUCCGAUAGCUUCACUGUUGUAACUAACGGACGUGUGAAUACAGUUACUAGCUCUUGGAACAUCGCCUAUUUUUAGAACAAAAGUUGUGGUUUGUUCUACUUACGAAGUAUCUCGUAUAAGCAAGUUAUCGGAGGAUAAAAAUUACGUAGAACUAAAACAGCAUUGUUAUUGGUCGUGUCGAGUAUCUGUGAGUGUGUGUGAGCCUAUUGGAUUAUCCCUUCCAAUGCAAAAUCGCCGGAUAUUCUGCUGCCCAAUCAGGACCGUAUAGAAGUGUGGCGGUGUUAGUUUCCCAUUGUCAUGGCAGCGAGAGAGUUGCUCCUGCCGUGAGAUGGCGUAGUGACGAGUGACGUCACUCGGACUGGGGGUCACGUGUCACACGUGACGUCAGAGGAAUUGGGCUGGAGCCGUGGUGGCGCUGUUUCCUGGAGAACGGCUUACCACACCGCCAUCCGGUACAGAUGUCCUGACACUGGGCAGCUCAGGAGCAGCAGGAUGACAGCUCCUGACGAGGACUAUGGGCGGCGGGAACGACUGCUGCUGCACCACCCCCACCAGUACCCGCCCCCUGGUCCAACACCACCGCCCGGGGCUGGAGAACGGUACAUACCAGCCCCAACGCCACCCCAGGGGGAUCGUUACAUCCCUCCACCAGCUCCAGCACUUGGCGAGCGCUAUCUUCCAUCAAGCGACCGUUACCACCAAAGUUCCUCGACGGGCGACAGAUAUCUGGCGACUUCCAGUCCUGGAGACCGAUACUUGCCUGCACCUGGAGACAGGUACCUGCCCGCACCGGUCGAGCGAUACCUUCCGCCCUCGGCACCGGCUCCCGGUGAACGGUACCUGCCCCCACCUUCAUCAGCCACACCAGGCGGCCCAGGAGACCCUUACAUGCGCCGCGAUCUGGGCUAUCACCACCAUUACCGGCUACCCCACCCGUCGUCAUACCACCCGCACCACCAGUACCACCCUCACUAUCACCACCAGCGGGCUCUGCCCCCCGCACCACACCACCGCUCGCUCAACUACCACCCCCAUGUGGUACCCUCACCGAACAGAGGCCAUAUCCGGUGCUGCCCUUCACCCAGUCACUACGGCCCUUCAGCGGACCCUCCCUACGUCCUGUCUUCGGCAGGAAGUCCGGGCAGUGGAUCUGCGUGCAACACUCCCUCGGCUUCCGGUUCGGGCAGCGGAGCAGCUUCCGGUGUUGUGAUGCUGGCUGCAGGAACCUCGAGUGGCGUCGCAGUUGGAGCGAGUUCGUCGUCCUCGUCCUCGUCAUCGGCGUCUUCAGCAGCAGCGCCGGCUGCAAGUGUUAGUGGAGGCGGAGCAGGUAGUACUCGUGAAUACAUGACGUCACCUUCGCCAUUGUUGCCUCAUCGCGGACGGACGCCCCCCUGUAGCGUUGUGUCUCAGCGGCUGGCAGCACAGUCGCCUUCCGCUUCCGGUAAUAACGUAGCAACUUCCGCAGCGAACGUGCCCGUUAUCGAAUACGUUGGUGCUAGCGGUGGGAGGCACGUGUCAACUCCUACACCACCGCCGUCAGCCAUAUUGCCGCGCUGUGGUAGCUUAAAUAGUUGUGAGCUGGGAAUUGAAAACCCUUUGUGUGGAAGUGUUGAUGGUGCAAGCAACAGCACGGUGAGUGUCGCCGGUAGCAGCCACCACCACCCGCAGCAGCAGCAGCCGCCCCAGAGGAGGAGUUGCAGUGGGGUGCUCGAGGCGCUGGACCCACAGGGCUCCACAAUGUCGUUGUGUUGUGGCAGCAGCCGCAGGUUCGCAACCCCACAGCAGCAGCAGGUGAACGCUGCUGUCAGCUCGGCCGGCGAAGUGCCGCAGUGUGUCACUAGACCAGAGUCCAGACAGUCCCUGGCUGCAUCUGCCGCCACCACUCCAUCUCACCCGCCCCUGCAGCACAGCACCCCGCACCAUUCCGCCGUCUGGCGUGCCGUGGGUCAGGGCCAGCAGCAGGGCCUGGCCCCUGCCCCGACAGGGACAUUGAAUGGCAGCAGCUCCCAGCAGCAGGAUCCCACACCUGAACCAAGCGCACCCGAGCCCUGUACAUCCGGCCCUCAGCAUGCAGGCCCACAAGGUGCUAGUGUGCCUUUGGAGCGGUCCAUUUCAGCACCUGCCUCAACAUUCCAUAGUAUGGGCAGCAGACCUGCACGGCAGGCACGACCGCCCCUUGGCAGGUCACUGUCCAGGACGGAGAUGGUCAAGAACUACAUCAAGCGGGAGACUGCUGCAUUCUUUGGUGUUGAGGAAUCAUCAGAAGAGGAACAGCAAGCCAGAUGGUUAGAUCGGCGGAAGAGGCUUGCAAUCAGGAAGUACGGCUCCCUGAAAGAGGAGUACCUUUCCCCUGCAACGUCACCACGGCCGCGCAGACAGCAUCAGCUAACAAGUGCCUAUGCAACGCAGACUCGGGACACAUUGGCAACUGGGCGGCCCGAUGUGCUGCCUGGAGGUCGAGAGUCACUUGAUGCCUCUGGGGGACACGUGGCCACCACCCCACAACACUGGGCUGAGCCUCCUGUUCGACGGAAAGAGUCUGUCGCGAGGAUGACGUUUGGGGGCCUUGCCUAUACCCUGGCUGCUUUAACCCGACAUCUCCCCAGGCGUGCCACUGCUCGACAGUUUUCACGCAGUUACCCAUCACCCACUGUGGCGCCCAGUUUGGGUCCCUCCACCCCCAUUACAGAUGAUGAGGUAUUCUUCACAGCACCAGUUGGUGCAGCAGCAGUUCCUGUCGUUGAGACGUCAUUAUCCAUGGCAGAUCAGCCAGAAAGGCCCGUUGAGCAUGUGGCCUUGGUGACAACUGACGCUGGUUUCAUGCAUGCUCGGGAACAGUACCCUAGAUCAUCAAAUUGGCGAAGACCACCUCUGGAACCAAGUGAUUCAGGACCUGAAGUCGGCUGUUCCCGCAUCUGGAGUCGAGUCUUGGAUCGAGUAUUUGACAACUCAAACAGACGACUGUAUGGCAUGGGAGUCGCAGGACGCAUCUUUAGGCGUUCAGUGAAGCAUUCUGUGGCAAACACAAAAGCUGUGCAGGAGCAACUGGACGAUAUUGAGGACCAUCGCCCGUUCUUCACAUAUUGGGUUACUACAGUACAAGUCCUCAUUCUCAUCAUAUCACUAACAUGCUAUGGUCUGGGACCAAUUGGCAUUCACCUCAACCAUCGAUCCGGACAGGUUCUGGUAACGAGUCUUUCUCUACAGCAGGUGGACUAUCAGGAGCCAGCAAAUUUCUGGAUUGGACCACGAGCUGCAGACUUAAUACAUCUUGGGGCCAAGUUCGCGCCGUGCAUGCGGAAGGACGCAAAAAUCAUCAAAGAGAUUGAGAAGGGAAGGGAAAAGGAACGAGAGACAGCAUGCUGCAUUCGUAAUGAUGAUUCCGGCUGUGUGCAGUCCUCCCAGGCCGAUUGCUCAGUGCGUGGAUUGAGACCAACGAAAAUAAUAUCUACAUGGAAAAAAUGGUCAGCUGGAGAUUCGGGGCCUGGGGGGAGAAUAUCUGGGUCGGUGUGUGGGCUUGAUCCCAAGUUCUGUGAGGCGCCUGCAUCUGUCGCACCCUAUGAAUGGCCUGAUGACAUCACCAAGUGGCCGAUCUGCCGUAAGACCAAUUACGUCUCACAGGAGGGCGUCCGCAACAAAGAUAAGACAGCAGAGCACAUGGUGUGUGAAGUGAUUGGCCACCCUUGCUGUAUUGGUAUCCAUGGCAUGUGUCGUAUAACAACCAAGGAGUACUGUGAUUUUGUCAGAGGCUACUUUCAUGAGGAGGCAUCUCUCUGUUCUCAGGUAUCUUGUCUGGAUGAUGUCUGUGGGAUGAUUCCUUUCUACUCACCCGAAGUCCCUGACCAGUUCUACAGACUCUGGACUUCUCUGUUCCUUCACGCUGGAAUAUGCCAGUUGCUCCUCACACUGGUGAUACAGUAUAUCUUCAUGAGGGAUCUUGAGAAACUGACUGGGUCACUGAGAAUUGCCAUCAUCUACAUGGGCUCAGGGGUGGCUGGAAAUCUUGCCAGUGCCAUAUUUGUUCCCUAUCGAGCCGAUGUAGGUCCUUCUGGGUCACAAUUCGGUCUGCUGGCUUGCCUCAUCGUUGAGGUGCUGAAUGUAUGGCCAAUGCUGAAGCACCCAAAGAGGGCAUUGCUGAAACUGAUGGCCUCCACACUGGUGCUACUGCUCUUCGGUCUUCUCCCUUGGAUAGACAAUUACGCCCACCUCUUUGGUUUCAUAUUUGGUUUCCUCCUGUCCUAUGCCCUCAUGCCAUAUGUCUCCUUUGGCCCAUAUGACCGUCAUAAGAAGAUAGUUCUUAUCUGGGUGUGUCUGCUCUUUUCCUUUUUCCUCUUUGCAAUUUUGGUCGUCCUGUUUUAUGUGAUCCCUGUGUAUGACUGUGAAGUGUGUAACAUCUUCAACUGCAUCCCAUUGACGCGGGAUUUCUGUGCCAGUCAGAAUAUCAAUUUCAAGAGGGAAGAACCCGUGGUAUGACGAAAGUGGGGUACGGUUGGCUGGAACCGUAUGUGCAUCUGCAGUGACCAUGGAUACUUAUGGUCGAACAUAGUGACAAAGCUCGUUACCCUGGCUGCAUUGUGGAAAUGGGAUGUGUUCAGAAGCGUCUCCUGUGUGCCACACUUCGUAUGGAAACCAUGCAGCUGUGGACAUGGACCACAAACUGAAAAUUUAAAGUACACAUAAUUUUUUAAGUAAAGAGACUACGUACAUGUCUGUUUUUUGUCAAAAUUAAUAAUGGGUGGUCAUCGUACUUUCUGCAGCAGUUGUAUAUAAAUUUGUUUUGUGGACCAAUAAUUACUGAGCUCCACUUGAAUGCGAGAAACAUAAAUGGCAGCUGAAACUUAUACAAGAUAUUGUAAAUACAUACUUGUCUGUUUUCCUUUGAAUUUCAUCGUGCAAUAAGAGGAAACUUGUCUGCGGUAACUGUGUAAAUGAAAA